AUGGCUGCUGCAGGGAUUCCUAGUACCUCUGUGACAGGGCUUCCCAAUUUUAGAGGGGAUUUGGCUGUCACAGGGGUAUCUGCUGCUCCUAUGUCCCGGGCUUCUGGUGGAGAUGGGGCAGGAGAGGGAGCUGUAGGAGGAGUGCUUUUAUCGGGUAAAGAAGGAGGAGGAGUGAGAAGAGAGGUGCUUCUGCCUAACCCCCCUGGGGGGAUGAUGCUUCUCAGUGACUUGUUGCCUGCUAGCAGUGCCACGUCCCAUGGCAACUCGCUCGAUUCGCGAGGCACUGCCGCUGGUGAAGGUGCGAAUUUGGGAGUGGAAGAGGCGAGAGAAUCUGGGGCGUUUGGCACGCGUGCUGCCACUACCACUGCAGAGCUGUGCCUUGAGCUGCUGCAGCAGCCACUCACUCCCUUGGCAAUGUCGGAGUUCCAGUUUCAACCUCAGCUCUCAAAGGCACUCGACUUUGCACUUCCGGAUUCCUUGCCACUCCCUUUCGGGGCAUCUCCUGGUGAUUCUCCUAGUUUUCUUGGCGGAUCUGAUGAGUCAUAG